UCAAGUUUCGUUUUUCAGGCAAACAACAGCUGGGAGGGUAUAAAUACAGUGACUGUAUGCAGAGCGACAUCUUCAACACAAACGUCGUUUCAUCUCCAUCUACCAGAAGUCCAUCAAAUUCCUUAGCAAAAUGAACAGAUCUGCAGAAUGGGUUCCUUCCUUGUGGAAAGAAACCUUUGAGGAGCUACUGGACGAGGACAAUGAGCUGGACUAUGGAGACCAGUGGAAUAUAAACUUCAGCUACACCCAGGAAAACACACUCACCCAAAACGAGAAGAAGAAGGGCUGGAAGAUUUUCAGCCCCUGUUCCUUUGGAAGUUUCAGCUGUGCAUCAUGCAGCAAAUCUUGGAGAUCAGCAAAGGUGACGUUGUUGUUCCGUUACCGGCUGCGUGGUGAACGGGGGGCAGUGAUCAUGAGGCCCUUCGGACAGGCCUGUCGCAGUUGCCAAGAUGAUAGUUUUGUCCGUCCUGGUUUUUCCAAGGAGGAUGUGGAAAAUGUCUUGCUCGGACUCUGUUCCAAAAUCCGGAAGAAUUGCUACGGAGAACAGGAUGACAACGCUGGUGGUAGGGAGCCACAAGAGUUUGUAAAGAAAACAAAACCACAUGAGUCGGACCUGUGUGAGGCCUGCAGUCAGGGCAUAUGCUGCCUGAAAGAAGAAUAAAAGUAUGUGUGUGUGUGUGUGUGUGUGUGUGUGUGUGUGUGUGUGUGUGUGUGUGUGUGUGUGUGUGUGUGUGUGUGUGUGUGUGUGUCUGAAAUGUUAAUGUGUAGUCUGUACAUGCCCCCUUUUGUAAUGUUUAAAGUUGAGUUAAAGUUUGUCAUUACAAAUCUAAAUGUUGUGUUAUGGGGUCUAGAGUUCAGAAUGGUUGUUCUUUUUCAUCAGAACCAAUAUUCAAUAAUAUGAUUGUUCAAGUAAAUACAUAAAGUUGCAUUUUUUCUAUUCAUAAA